CGUCACGCCUUUUUGACUGUGCCCACGAUAUCAGUCAUCAUCAAGGAACGGGGAUGGGCACAUUUUUGAGGAAGCGCUGGUCUGUGGAAAAGCCUGCGAAUACUGUCUGUACUAAGAGACAGUCCUUUAUGUGAGAUGGGUCGGGACGACGAGCGGAUCAAGUUGCUUUUGACUUUUGCUACUGGGGUCAUAGAAUGCGCCGGCUUUGCGGGUGUGCUCUACGGCUGGCCUUCCCUGGUCUUCGUGCUGAAGAAUGAAGACUACUUCGCUGACCUGUGCAACUCCAGCGACCCUGGGCCGAGGAAUGUCACCGUUGGAUGCGUUCAGCAGGACGAGCGCUUCGCUCUCAUCUUCACCAUUGGUGAUUUUGUCCUGAAGUUGGGGACUGUGGCCAGCGGCUUCCUGCUCGACUCUUACGGCAUCAUGGCGACCCGUUUCCUAGGCAUAUUUCUGUAUACGACAGGCACGCUCAUGAUCGCUUUCUCCGCUGCGGCCUCGGCCCUGCUGCUGUUUCCCGCGCUCGCGUUAUUAGGAGCCGGAGGAGUGAUGUUACUGACAACAAAUAUCAAGAUUGGAAAUCUGUUUGGGAGGAAGCGCGCCAGAGUAAUCACCGUCUACACCGGGGCUUUCAGUUCCGCGACGGUUAUCUUCCAGUUGGUCAAGGUGGCAUAUGAAGCUGGUUUCUCCGUGAUGGCGAUUUUCCUGUUCAUUAGUUGCCUCCGCGUCCUCCACGUACUGCGCACCGUCUUUCUCGUUCCCUGGAAACACAUCCUACCGCUGCCUGAGGGCUUCAGCUACGGCCUGCUCAUUCCAGGUCCACAUAUCAACGGGAACGUGGAGGAAGUCCCCUCUUUCCGGAGCUGCCUUAUCUCUCGCACAUUCCUCGCCAGCCUGCUCUCGACCUCGAUCCUUCAGCUGCGAUCGUCCAUUUUCAUCGGCACUCUGAACCCUCUGCUCAACCUCAUGACGAACGCUGAUCCCGAACAAGUCAGCAGGUUUACAAACGCCUUUGCGUUCACGCAACUGUUUGCUGUUCUGUGCGCUCCUUGGAACGGACUAAUACUGGACAGGCACAAAUUGAUGGGACGGGGUUUGAAUGCAGCCUCAGGCUCGGUAGCGUCACAGAGACUGGCCGACAUGCAGGCGAUGGUCCUCUCUCUCGCCCUCACCGUCAUCCUCUCGGCCUUGUUCUCUCUCGCCGCCGCCAUCCCGGUGCCGGAGGUUCAAUACCUGACGUUCGUUCUGUUCAUGAUGAUGCGAUCCUUCCUGUACGGGGGGCUCGCCGCGUUCAUCACCAUUACGUUCCCUCCAUGCCACUUUGGAAAACUCUACGGGACAACACGGGCGGUGGCGGCCAUCGUUUCCCUGCUCCAAUAUCCUCUCUUCAUCAUCAUUAAUGGUCCCUUGCAGGACGAUCCAUUGUACAUGAACAUCGCACUUAUCGUUCUGGUAUCCUUGGCCUUUGUCCACCCAAUCAACGUCUACAUCUACUGCCAGCGGGCCAAGCAGCAGAGGGGAGUGUCAAACCGAGGAGUGAGCGAGAGAGAAAGAGAGAGAUUGAGGAAUGUCAAGAAGGAGAUAAUGUUAUAAAAUAUGCUUCUAAAAUGAUGAAGGAGACUUUCAACAUCGAGCACUAUGAAAAUCAUCCAUUUUUGGAUAACGCACAUAGGAUUGGGAAGAAAUCUGGUCGCCAAGAUAAACCGAGAAAUUUGAUUGUUCGGUUUCACUUCUUGCAGAUGAAGGAGAAUAUUCUCCAGGCUGCAAAAAAGUUGGGCGUGGUUGAAUAUGAAGGAUGCAAGUUUCGGUUUGUUCC